GGAAACUAGACACAAAUCGCCUCUUGAGCUCGAUCUUAUUGGAAAUCUACCUUUCCAACAGAUAGACUGUUCGGAUCAAGGAAUUGUUGGCAAGCCAUCGAAUACUGCGUGAUACGGUCACGUGUCGGCUCACCGCCGGCUUGGCAUCAAAUUCAUGCCGCAGUUUUCUCGAUAAGUGCACUCUCACUGCGUGCCGGUCGGUAGGAUUUCAUUACACAGCAUUCGAUUCAGCGUGCACGGCUUGUCUUGGGGCUGAGGACGGCAUACCACGACUCCGGUGACCGAGCUACUAUCAUUCGUUCUUUCUGGUCUUCAGUACAGCCGAAACCUGCCAGACUUCACAUCCUCAAAAUGAUCUGCCAACGAUGCCGGACCGGCAUCCUGUCUCGAUUCCAGCAGCACACGGUUACGUCGCCUGCCCUGUCUGGCGCGCGCCAGCUCUCUCUUCCCAUCCAACGGGCUCAAUUCCGCAACUACAGUGACGGCAAGCCCACCGUGUCCGCCGCACCGCCGCCGCCCAAGCCCCGACAGCCCGGCGUGAGCGACGUGACCGUCGCGUCCGCCGUCUCCUCCGCCACCCCUGGAGUGUCGCAACCAUUGAGCACCCCCACGGACGGCGUCCACAGCGAUAUUCACCCCGGCAAGGCCCGCAAGGUCGUUGAGCGCCCCCCGAGUAGCUGCCUUGCUGGCACGAAACUGAACGGGCUCAACUACUUCAAGAACAAGCCUGAUCUGCUCGCUCUGGAGGAUUCGGAGUACCCCGAUUGGCUGUGGGGUCUGUUGGAUGAGAACAAGAAGGGGAAGACCGAGCAGGGUGGCGUUGAUCCAAGCACCCUGAACAAGAAGCAGCGCAAGCGCUACGAGAAGAAGAUGGCUGCCCGCGCCGCGAACCUCCCUCCCGUGAUCCCCAUCCACGAACAGGCCAACGAUAUCACACCCGCGGCCUACAACCGCGAUCAGGCAGAGGCGCAGGAUACCCUGGUUAUCGCCGCCCAGAGUCUCGAGAAGCGGACCGAAAUCACCAGAAGCGCGAGAGAUGCCCGGAGAAAGGGCAUCAGAGAGGCCAACUUCCUCCGCGGAUUGUAAAAACAUAUAUUGUGUGUAUCUUUGGCGAAUCUGCGAUUUUCUCGGUGGGAGGCUUCUUCACGUUGGUCGAUACUGUCCAGACCUACAACCCACAAUGUACAAUGGUAUUGGCAACCCGGUGAAAGGCUGGGCAGUUGGG